GACAUUAAUGACAUUUAGCAUGAUAUCAUUCACGGCUUAUAGGUUUUAUCGUCAUUAAUUUUUGUAAUGAGAAGGUGAAAAUCCCUGUAUUACGGCUAAUAAAUUAAUAAAUACCUUAAACGAAUAUACUCAUAUUAUUCCAGUAUAUAUAGACUAAUAUGGAGGCAUACGAUGUAAUCGUUAACCAACCUGUUGUGAUAGAUAAUGGAACUGGUGUUAUUAAAGCGGGAUUCGCCGGCGGACAAAUCCCAAAAUGCAGAUUUCCCAACUAUGUGGGAAGACCUAAACAUACAAGAGUAAUGGCAGGAGCUUUAGAAGGAGACUUGUUUAUUGGACCUAAAGCUGAAGAACACAGAGGAUUGCUAUCGAUUAAGUACCCUAUGGAACAUGGUAUAGUUACAGAUUGGAAUGAUAUGGAAAAAAUUUGGAGUUAUAUUUACAGUAAAGACCAACUCUCUACCUUUUCUGAAGAACACCCCGUAUUACUCACAGAAGCUCCUUUAAAUCCUAGGCCAAAUAGAGAAAAGGCAGCUGAAAUUAUGUUUGAAACUUUUAAUGUACCUGCUCUGUUUAUUUCCAUGCAAGCAGUACUUAGUUUAUAUUCUACUGGUAGAACUACUGGUGUAGUACUAGAUUCAGGGGAUGGAGUAACUCAUUCUGUGCCUAUAUAUGAAGGAUUUGCACUUCCUCAUAGUAUUAUGAGAUCAGAUAUUGCAGGAAGGGAUGUAUCUAGAUACUUAAGGUUGCUUUUGCGUAAAGAAGGUAUUAUAUUCCGUACAACAGCAGAAUUUGAAUCAGUUAGAACAUUAAAAGAAAAAGCUUGUUACUUAUCGAACAAUCCAAUAAAAGAGGAAUCUGUUGAAACCGAACAAAUCAAUUAUACCCUUCCGGAUGGUUCUGUUAUAAAAGUAGGUCCAGCUAGAUUCAGAGCACCUGAAAUUCUAUUCAAACCUGAUAUGAUUGGUGAAGAAUGCGAAGGAAUACAUGAAGUUUUACUCUUUUCUAUUAAAAAGUCUGAUUUGGAUUUGAGAAAAGUGUUGUUUAAAAAUAUAGUUUUAUCAGGUGGUUCGACAUUAUUCAAAGGAUUUGGUGAUAGACUGCUUUCAGAAAUAAAAAAGAUGUCUCCAAAAGAAACACAAAUCAAGAUAUCUGCUCCUCAAGAAAGGUUGUACUCUACUUGGAUAGGAGGUUCCAUUUUAGCAUCACUAGAUACCUUCAAGAAGAUGUGGGUCUCAAAACGAGAAUUUGACGAGGAAGGACAAAGAGCUAUACACAGAAAAACAUUUUAGUUCUUGAACUCAAGGUUAUUGUGAUUAUAUAACUUCCUAACUUAUUUUCCACUCAAGUUUAUUACUUCAUUAAGCUAUAAAAUUAUAGAUAAAUAAUAAUUUCUAAUUUAUUUAUAUAAGUUUAUUUUUCAUUUUGUGUUGUCUAUGUAGUUUUUUUUAUUAAAUAUGUAUUUAAACUUUUUGCACAAUAAUAUGCAGCUUUAUAGCUUCUUUUUAAAAAAAUAUAUAUAUAUUACAGUUUAAU